CGAGAUCCCUGAGAGCAGACUUAUCGGAGAAAAGACAGGUCGGCGCCAUAUCAGACAGCGAAAAUGAGUAGUGUUGAGAAGAAAGAAACAAAUAAUGAUGUGGACGUAGAAAUGUCCGAUGCAGGAGUGAACGGAAACGGAACAACUACUGUUAACGCAGAUGAAAUUGCAGUUGAUAACGAAGAGGACGACGUUCAGGCAGAUCGUUCCAAGAUCACACUCCUUCCAGGUGCUACAAGUGACGGAUUUGCAGCCUCAUUCCAAAUAACUGAUGAAGACCAUACUUUGGGUAACGCAUUGAGAUACAUGAUAAUGAAGAAUUCGGAGGUCGAGUUCUGCGGGUACUCCAUUCCACAUCCUAGUGAAAACAAGCUGAAUUUACGAAUCCAAACGUAUGGCGGGAUGACUGCCGUCGAAGCAUUACAUAAGGGUCUGGAUGAUUUGUCCGACCUCUGUUCCCAUGUGGAAGAAGUGUUCAGCACGCAAGUGGCUGCCAAGGACUACAGCAUCGAAGAACCAUGAUUACGGGAAAAGUUACCCUUUUCUUAUCCCCUCCUCCCCCGAUGGGCAACUGACUCUUUGACAAACUUUUGUCAAUUAUAUAUAGUUUCUUCUCUAUUCAAUGUACCAUAAAGAUUCAAUAAAUCGAAUAAAAUAUA